UCUCGCUGCCUGGUGAAGGCGCGGACGGUGUGCGGAGGCGAGCGCGCUGAGGAGGGGCCGCCGGCGCCGCAGCCGCCGUCUGGGCAUGAGGAUGGCCGUGGGCUCCGUCAAGAUGCAGCCGCCGUGCGAGAGCCCGGCCCUGGCCGCGGCGGCAGCGGUGGCGGCGGCGGACGGCGCCCUGCGCCGCAGUCCCAGCGCCCGGGAUCCGGAGCGCGAGCAGCUGCCGGUGCCGCCGCGACCGCGGCUUCGGGACUUGCCGGCGUUGCUGCGAAGCGGGCUCACGUUGCGGAGGAAGCGCAGCGCCGCCGGGGGCCGGACUUUAUCGAGAAGAAUUUCCAAUCCAUACCUUGAACACAGUCCUUCCCAGAUUUAUGGAGAGAAUUCUUCUUGUGCAGGAAGAGCAUUGAGGAAUAUUAUUAUUGUUCAGGCAGCUGACCUGAUAAAGGACAGAGUGAACCUCAAGGGAUUUUACAGGAGAAGCUGCGUUGGGUCAGAACUGGUAGACUGGCUUCUAGAACACUGUCCUUUUGUCCAGUGCAGAUCUAUGGCCAUAGGGGUCUGGCAGCUCCUACUGGAUAUGGGAAUUAUGUCAUCAGUGGAUCAGCAUUUAUACUUUCAAGAUACCUAUGUUUUCUACCAGUUUUCAUCUGACGAGUGUAGCUACUUGUACUGUGAAUUUGAAAGAGAGGAGGAAUGGCAAAAUGGUGUCAAACUUUUACUGCAACUUGUGCCUCUCAUUCCCACCAGAGCUGGCAUCUGUGACCUAUCUCAUCAGAAAAUUGAAGACUCAGAGGAGAGCAGCGACGAAAUUCUCGCCCGUCUAACGUCUGCGGUGCAGAGAGAGCUAGCAGCUGUUAUUGCUUUGAAAGCAAAGAAGUCUGCAAUUGAACAAGACGAAGACAACAGUGACAAACGUGAAACUGUGACAGAGGCUGACUGCAUUCCAGAUCCUCAGGCUGGGGUGAUGUGCAAACUUCAGGAGAGAGAUGAUAUCGGGCGAAUUGAACUGGUUCAGAAGCUGGCAAGAGAAAACUGUCAAUUUUUGCAGACGGACAAAAAAGAACAAGAGAAGUCAGACAACCAGGAUGAUGAAGUGACAACCGUCCAGGUUAAAGAGCAGGACCGGAACGUCCUGGUGCUGAAGAAAGUGCAGAGCUGCGGCCCAGCCCCCCAGGCGGGGAGCUCCGAGAGUGAUUGGAGAUACGUGGUCGUGUCCGGGACCCCGGAGAAGAUCUUGGAGCACCUUCUGAAUGACUUGCACCUGGAAGAAGUCCAGGACAAAGAGACAGAGACCCUCCUUGAUGACUUCCUUCUCACGUACACGGUCUUCAUGACAACCGACGACUUGUGCCAGGCACUGUUGAGACACUAUUCUGCUAAGAAGUAUCAAGGCAAAGAAGAAAGCUCCGAUGUUCCUUGCCGGAAACGUAAGGUCUUGCAUCUUGUUUCCCAGUGGAUUGCUCUCUACAAAGACUGGUUACACGAAGAUGAGCAUUCAAAAAUGUUUCUGAAGACCAUAUACAGGAAUGUGUUGGAUGAUGUAUACGAAUACCCAAUACUCGAAAAAGAACUGAAAGAAUUUCAAAAGAUACUUGGAAUGCACCGUCGUCACACUGUGGAUGAAUAUUCACCACAGAGGAAGCAGAAUAAAGCCCUUUUCCACCAAUUCAGUCUCAAGGAGAACUGGCUGCAGCACAGAGGAACUGUGACGGAAACAGAGGAAAUUUUUUGCCACGUAUAUAUAACAGAGCACUCCUAUGUCAGUGUGAAGGCCAAAGUUUCCAGUACAGCCCAGGAGAUCCUGAGAGUUGUGGCAGAAAAGAUCCAGCAUGCAGAAGAGGAUCUGGCUUUGGUAGCCAUUACCUUCUCUGGGGAAAAGCAUGAACUUCAGCCAAAUGACUUGGCCGUCUCCAAAUCCCUUGAAGCAUCUGGUCGGAUAUAUGUCUACCAGAAAGACCUGGCUGACACUUUGAAUCCGUUCGCAGACAGUGAGGAGUCACAGCAAAGGUCGAUUAGGAUUUUGGGAAUGAACACUUGGGAUCUCGCUCUGGAAUUGAUGAAUUUUGAUUGGAGCCUCUUUAAUUCAAUUCACGAGCAAGAGCUGAUCUACUUCACGUUCAGCAGACAAGGAAGUGGGGAGCACACGGUGAACCUCAGCCUUCUGCUUCAGAGAUGCAAUGAAGUCCAGCUCUGGGUGGCCACGGAGAUUCUCCUCUGCAGCCAGCUAGGCAAGCGAGUGCAGCUGGUGAAAAAAUUCAUCAAAAUUGCUGCUCACUGCAAAGCCCAGAGAAACCUGAAUUCCUUCUUUGCUAUUGUGAUGGGUCUCAACACUGCUUCUGUCAGCCGGCUGUCCCAGACUUGGGAGAAAAUUCCUGGGAAGUUUAAGAAACUUUUCUCUGAACUUGAAAGUUUAACAGACCCUUCCCUGAACCACAAAGCCUAUCGAGAUGCAUUCAAAAAGAUGAAGCCACCUAAAAUCCCCUUCAUGCCCUUACUGCUUAAAGAUGUAACAUUUAUUCAUGAAGGAAAUAAAACGUUUUUGGAUAAUCUCGUCAAUUUUGAAAAACUGCACAUGAUUGCAGAUACUGUCCGAACCCUGAGACACUGCAGGACUAACCAGUUUGGAGGUGACAUGUCUCCCAAAGAGCACCAAGAGUUAAAAUCCUAUGUCCAUCACCUGUACAUCAUUGACAGCCAGCAGGCCCUGUUCGAGCUCUCGCACCGGAUCGAGCCUCGGGUGUGAUCCCCGCCGCCUCACCCCCGCCACCCCUGGAACUGCAGCCCCGGGAGUCAUGGUGCUGGCAGUGCCAAGCACAUGGCUUUCCUGCGAGAGAAGAAGUUGCUGAGUUUUAUCAGUGUCUCGGGACUGCACGGGAAAGCCAGCCAGAACGGGCUCAGGGAGUGACACCAGCCGCCAGAGACAGGGAGAGGCUGCUCUUGGAAGGAGAAGGCAGAAGGAGAGGCAGAAGCUUUCUCGAAACAGGGAAGUCCAGUUUCUUAGGUUCACCUUGUUGAGCCAAUCCAGUUUUCACUUUGAGAUGUGCUAUGCCAGCCUCAGGCCAAGAGACUGUCUUGGGUGAUACAGGGACCACACAUCUCAGUGAGCCGCAGAGCCUGGCGGGAGACGACUCGUUCUAGGCUGCAAAGAAGGAGCUUGUUUGAACACCCAAAGAAGUGAUGACAUCUCUAGGUUUCCAGGGAGACUGACUGCGCUCAGUCUUUACGCACUCUGCCAUCACCCAAAGCCGCUCGUGUCUAGGGAGUUAGUGAGGGAUGGGCCCCUGGCCUCCGUGCUCUGCUCCACAGAGAGAAAUGUCAGGGCAUGCAUUUCUUUGCAUCCACAAUCACUUAGUGAUGUCUGCUUGCAGGUGCAACUCGUGUCUGCACAACUCAUUUAUAGCUGUAGGCAAGUUAGAUUAAGUUGCUUUGCCAAUGUGGAAAAACUAUCCUCUUUAAGAAAUUGACUUGCCUAAUUUAUGGGGAUUUUUUUUUACAAGUGCAAGCAGGCUCUCAUUUCUCCUUGGGCACAAUAUGAUUUUUGAAAAAAAGCACAGUGCCUGACACAUUGUGGACACUCUGUUUGCGGAGAUGACAGAGUGACAGAGGUCUGCCUUCUUGGGCCUGGCGAUGCCCUGUGUUUUGCAUGCCUCUGGCAGCCUCGAGCCCCUACUCUGGAAUGAGAACCGCCAGUACAGGGAGGUUAAGUGGGAUUUGAUGUGUGAGGCACUUCGUACUCCCCGGAGAAGAACAAGGGAUUAAGAUAGUGGUGAUUGCCUGUCGUUCAGCAAAUGAAAAGUGCCCCCACAUAUCCAACUGUUUCAUUUACCUUUGCCGCUUAAAAAUCCUAUAGUCCACCUCCCAACCAAGAACAGGGAAGCUUUCUAUAAUUUGCCUUUUUUUCUUCUAAGUCUCAGAGGCUUUUAAGUCUCUUUGUAUUCCCAUUUUUACAAGUUGGGCUCCUCCAGUAAAUGAGACCUCUUGCUGUCCUCAGAAACCGGUUAGGGGAUCUCCCUCAACUUUCAAAUGAACAAAAAAGCCUAUGGGAUACAAUAAUGAAAUCGACCCCUGCCAGCCAGAUCCUUGUCACUGUGCUAAAAUACAAGGACCCUGCUUCACAUAUUAGAUCCAUUGAUUUUCCACACGUGUGACCCUGGUGCCCUUCUUGCCACCCGUGCCCGGUACUCUGCUUGGUGCCCGGACAGAACUGCUUCCCUUUGUCUCAUCAGCACCUCAUUACUGAGAUGCACCUGAGGCUUUCUGUCACCUUUCUAGCAGUGCUGUUUCCUGGGCUCCAGCUUGCAAGAUCACUGGAAGGAACCCCCAGGAGCACAUUUGGGGUAGGACUUUGAAAGCGACUCAUUCUGUCUCCAGCCCUGAAGAUUAACAGGGCUUUAUAGAGAGCCACCAUCCCAAGCUGGUCCACUCAGAGAAAUGCCCCGGGCUGCUGGGAAUGGACUGGGACCUUUUGGAGAUCAGAGCCAUCAGAAUCGGGAAGAAGAGGCUUCUCUCUCGGCUCAAACACUGGAAAAGCUCCCCCUUGGCAAUUAAUGAGGAUGGCAUGGGCUUACAGCACCAAGAGGGUGUUCUGGUCUUUUCUCUGUGCUACAGAGUAGCAUUUGGCCAUCCUCCUCAUAUAAGGCCAUUUUUGAUGUCUCUGUGUCGUACGGUUUAAAUUGUUACAUUAGAUCAGCAUUGCUCCAACUAAAACAAUUUCACUUGCUCCAGUGAACUAUUUCAGCAUAGCACCUGCUGCUUGGACCGCAACUGAGAUAUGUACAUGGCCGGACGAGCCCCCACGUCCAUCCCACACAUCCAGCCUGAGUGCAUUUCGAGGGUUGGUCAGGGUACCGUGUGUGGUACAGGUGGAAACAGUCUGGGGAGAAGACGGUGCUUGUCCAUGCUUCCUCCAGCUGUGGUCACAUGGCUCUCUGGGCAGCAAAAAGAAAAGGAUUUUGUUGACUUUAGAAGGGCUUUUCCAUCCCCUGUGUCCUGAAAAUCAUAAUCUUUGAAUCUUCCUGAAAUCUAACCACUAUCUCCAGGAGUUUCCCAGGCAGCCGCUCUCAGAAAUUUCAGAAGCACUGAGAGGACCGAAAUCUGAAAUUGCAGAAUUCAAGGCAGAAUUGCGGGAAGCAUAUUUAGCUCAACAUGAGGAAGCUCUUUCUAAUGAGUCUGUGUAAGUGAACAGGCUGCACGGGAAAAGCAGGGUCACUGUCAACAGGGAUGGGCCACAGUCCGUCUCCAAAUUCCUGCCAACGCCUGUUUAGAAUAGGUUGUGUCCAGGCCGGAAGGGUGGCCUGGAAGACGUCUGAGCUCCUUUCCAGCUCUGUUAGAGUUUCACGAUCACACAAAAUCGCCCUUCACUCUGAACAGUCCCCUCUCAUCUGCCACCUUCGCCAGCGAGGGUGCCUGGGCACUUCUGAGUGGGUUCUUUUUGCUGAAGCUCAGCUCUCAUAUGGCCCUGUGGGUCUCUGGAUUUGUCACUGUUCCUCCACACCAGCCCUGCUUAGAGGCUAGCACAGGACAGGUUCAUAUAGGCAAAAGUAGAACCUUUCCAAAAAUUAAAUUUUUUUUUUCCAUUCACAUUUUCAGAUGCUCCAAAGACUACAGUGUUUUAAAUUGACUCUUUGUUAUAAUCUGUACAGUUGCCACGUGGUUGCCAUGAUAAAUAUUAUGGCCUGCGUUCACUUUAUUCUAGUAUCUGUUUAGAAUAAACUCAUUUUCCUAGACCUCUGUCCACGAGCAAAUUGGAUGGAGUAUACAUUCAAUUCAGAAGCAUGAAGACAAAGACCCGCCCCUCCCAGUGUGUAGGAAGAUGUGAUGAUGGACAGGCACCUUCAAGGCAGGAGAAGUGGCCACGUGAUAGAGAAGGUGCCGGUGGCCUUUGAUCCCUGGAGCCAUCCCAGGACCCCAGCCGCACCAUGUUGUUGUAACCAUCACACCACAAAUCCCAAGUGUCCCUAAAAGGCGCAACUAACACACACCUCUCGGGAACUAGGCAGAAACAGUCUAAUGGGGAAGGUCAGGUCCACUGCAGCGGUCUCAUUUCUUUUAAAUGCUUCAAAGACGUGUCCUUAAAAUUUCAGCCUGCUUACGAAUGCGUGAGCCGUUAUGCUUAAAACUAGUAGGGGGAUAAAAGUUUUUAAAAAUUGCCAAAAAGUUAGAUGAAAAUGUACUACUGUAUAAAGCCAAGCUGUAUAUACUAAACAUUUUUUAGCAGAGUAAUAUUUAUUUGCAUAGCCUAUUUAUUGUAUUCGUACUACACUGUUCUUAAAUACUGGGAUGAAAUCAGUGACCGGAGGCAAGGACUCUCGCCUUUUAAGAUACCAUUAACUAGGACUGCUGUGACACUGUCCGCUUGCGUUAACAGUUAGAAGAUAGAAAACCCACCAUCAGGGUGUCUACCUAACUUCUCAGGGACUACACUUCGUAGUUUUCCACCAUUAGAAGAGCUGGUAAAUAUGAAACAUUUGUGGAAUUACCAGAAUCGCCAUUCACAGUAUUUUCUUUCUCAGUUUUUCAUGCUUUCCGCUUCUGUAUAUAUGACCGUGCUGGGUAUUUAUCAAAGCUAGUAAGCAAUAAUUUAUAUGUAAAAAUGGCCAAGCAAUAUAAGGUGAAAACUUAUAUAAGUCACUGCUACUUUAUCUUGUAUUUUCAAGUUUUUUUUUUUUUUUUAAAAACUGCUUUUCCAAAUAUAAGAUUAUGUUAAAGAUA